CCGGGGUAUUUGAGCUUGUAUCUAAAAUUGCUCUACGUAGCACCCUGUUAGUCAUUACAGAAGCGACGACAGAGUGCACAAUUCUACGAGGAUGGCGAUCAAAACAUGGCUAACAGAAACUGUCGGGGUCCGUGUCCCUAUUGUUCAGGGUGGUAUGAUGUGGGUUGGUCGAGCCGAAAUGACAUCCGCCGUGGCGAAUGCUGGUGGACUUGGCUUCCUGACUUCCUUGACGCAGCCCAAUCCAGAGACUCUCCGCCAAGAGAUUCGUCGAUGCCGGACAAUGACAGAUAAGCCCUUUGGUGUGAAUAUCACAAUGCUCCCGAGCCUCAACGCACCCGACUAUCUGGGCUACGCACGAGUCGCUGUCGAGGAAGGUAUCAAGGUCGUCGAAACAGCCGGGAAUCCGGAUCCAGUGCUCCCAUUCCUCAAGGAAAACAAUGUCAUUGUGAUUCACAAGUGUGUAUCAAUUGGACAUGCUUUGAAGGCGGAGGCCAAGGGGGUGGAUUGUAUAUCAAUCGACGGCAUCGAAUGCGCCGGCCAUGGAGGAGAAUACGAUAUCACAUCGAUGAUCCUCCUCGGAAGAUGCGCGCAGGAACUCAAGAUCCCCUUCCUCGCAUCUGGAGGAUUCAGUGACGGUAAUGGACUGGCUGCUGCCCUUAUAUUUGGAGCACAAGGGAUCAACAUGGGCACCCGAUGGAUGUGCACAAUGGAGUCUCCAAUCCAUCACAGUGUCAAGGAAGAAAUCGCGCGCAUGGACGAGAACUCUACUAUUCUCGUACUGCGCAAAUUUCGCAAUUCGACACGCCUGGCAAAGAACGAAAUUUCCCUCGAAGUGUCCAAGAUCGAGAACUCCAAGCUGGACCCCAAGUUUGAUGAAGUGGCUCAUCUCAUGUCUGGAAUACGAGGGAGGAAGGUCUAUGAAACGGGCGACAUUAACGCUGGUGUUUGGACAGUUGGUCAGGCUGCUGGGCUGAUCAAGGACAUCCCUACCUGCAUGGAGCUGGCGAAGAGGAUUGAACAUGAGGCUAGUGAAGCGCUUUCGAGGGCAAGCGCACGUUUCUCCAGCGAUUCUCACCUUUGAUAAUUUAUCACCAUUCUUGUUUAUAUGUACCCUCUCUAGAAUAAUCUAGACAUCUACACGCUUGC